AUGGCACUUUUUAUUGCCGACGUGCUAGCAGUUUAUGGGUUCACUGAAACAGUUGUUCCCAAUAGCGGCAACUGCAGUGUCAGCCCUCGGUCCCCCACCGCUCACCCAUCGGCUAACCUGCCACCAGGCUUGUGGUCACGUGAGCCUCACAUGGCGGAGAGAGCGAGGGUUGCGGGAGUUGUUGUCGCCUACGUUAAAGGCUCGGAUCAGAUUCCAUCGCUACAAGACGCUGGAAGCCAUUUCCCCCAAACAGAGCUGAAUUCUGUUGAUGAGCCUGUCGCCUUGCAGCAAACCUCACCAGACACUACAACACCCUCUUCUAGUGGCAAUAUUUCUGAUCAAGACCAAGGCAAGGUAUUUGCAGAGGUUGUUGAAGCUGCCAAGGCUGGCGAUUUAGCAAAAAUCAUAAACCUAGUUUCAUCAUUGACGGAGUCAUCACCUCCAUCGAUGAAUCCGUCAACCGCUCAGGCGGCAUCUUCAUCUGCCGCGAUCCCGAACAACUCUGGCGAGUUGGCUCUACCGAACUUACCUGAGAGUAUUAAUGCCGUUAUACAGAGUGCUGUCAACUCUCCCCAAACUGCUAUGGUGUCCACAACUACUUCUUCUGAUGCUCCUGCUAUCACGACAAGUUCGUCGAAUGAUAUCGGUACUCCCGUCGCUUCUUCAUCAGCUACUCCACCCCGUUCUCAUCAGGGGCCGCCACCGUCCUCUCCUGGGGAGGAGAAACUCACAGACUGUAAAUCAGGGAACCCACAACCGGUGAAUGAGUUGACGGGACCACCCCUAUCAGAACCGGCAGUCACUCCCUCUUCUAUCGCACUACCCACCACUGUGUGGGGCACAUCCACCGCUCUGCCUCCCAAGCCUGUCUGCGUUACUCCCACAAACCUCUCUACGGAUAUUAACGUACAAUUAACAGUCCUGAACGCAGCUGGUGAACUCAGUCCAGUUCAUUUAUGCUUACCGGAGCAUCCACUUAUUAUACUGCGUGUUAACCCCAUUCCAGGAGCUCGUGUUGGACAAUUAGUCACUCUGAGUUUUUCUGCGCAGAUGAUUUUGAAGACUAUAUCUAGUAUUCUGGAAAAUGGUGCGGUCUACAACGGUGCACCGAUUAUAAUACCCAUCUCCACUGCACCACCACCCCCGGCUCCUACCUCAGCGCCAAGCACAGAAUCCGUUUCCAAGGCUAUCGCAUUGCCGGCACCGCCUUCCCUCCCCUUGGGAAUGAAGUCGGCAGCUUUGUCUGGGGCUCGAAAGAUGCGGGCAAUCGCGCCGAAGCCCUCCAGCUCUGCUGCGGGCUCAAUGCCCGUCUCCUCGGUUGCCACCGCAGCGAUGCGCUCCGCCUCGGUCAAUCGGCCGGCUAGGAAACUUUUUGCUGCUCCGGUUGCACCGAAUCCCCUGACUUUACCAAACUCUUCCUCGACGAUCGCCCCGGCCUCUGCUCCUAUCGUUAAUCCCACCCCUCUGGUCAGCAGCAAUAAUGCACGUAGUGCUUCGAUCCUCCGAAAGGUGAACUCCAAUUCACCAAAUUCGCGUAACCGCAAUCGCAGAAAAAACCUCAGUACAACUCUCCCUCCCCCACCUCCCGUCACUAUGGCUGUUCCCACCACUACUUCAAUCGUACCUCAGUCCACCGGCUACAUCGUCGACCCUACUUCCGGUGCUCUCAUCUCCACCGACACUAGCACUGUUUCCGGUGGAUUCAUCCAAUCCAUUAUGCAACCGGGACCAAACGGUCCUCAGUUUUUCGCACCAACCGGUUCGAUCUUGGUGGGUCCUUCCAACAACAUUAUCCCAAUGCCGAUUAGUGGUGUUAUUCCUGCAGAGAGUAAGCCUCCAGACACCGAAACAGUCGACCUAAUCACCAAUGCAGGCAAUCCCUACCCAUCGGGUUUCCUCGUCCCCGCCGAUGGCAGUAAUGAUGGAUUCUCUCGACAAGUCUUUUUCACUAAUGGAGGUGCGCCAAACGGUCAAUUCCUCUUGCCAAGUUACCAGACGAGUGCGACAGGUGGUGAAUAUGUGCAAUCCUUCUCGGCUCAACAGGCGGAGUACUUGCAAACUAAUGGAGGCGAAAUAUACUUCACCAGUGACGGGUCUUGCUACAUGCCUUACACAGGAAUCAUUGGACAGCCACAACCAGUAGCCACUGUUGACAUUAAGGACGAUGGAAGUGGAGUUGACGUAGUGCCUGAAACCGACGAUAUCAUCGAUAUCGCCAUGCGCGUUGCUCGCGAGGAUGUGGAUUGUAGUGUAGCCGUUGCCACUGCUCCUGUUGCUACCGAAAGUGUUAGCACAGCUCCUGGGACGAUUGAGCUAACUGACGACGCCAACGGAGUUAUCAGUGAAUUUAUACAGUCAUCAGCCGUCCCUCCGCUGCCAUCCUCUAGCACAGAGUUCGAAGAACACCAAACUAUUGACCAUGUGUCGCCAGUCAUUGAUGAGUCCGUCUCUGCAGCUGAUCAGCAAACUAGUACAGGCGAUGCCAAGAUUGAUGCUCUGCUUGCUGAAGCAGCUCUUGUGAGCUCGGUUAAUGGUGUUGGAGAUAACCAGUCAGCUGUAUCCGUGCCUGUCACUUCGUUGCUGGGCCCUCGUGCUAGUGUGCCGACAACUACAGUUGCAGUGAGCAAUGCAGAAGCCUGCACAAUUGUGGAGGCUAAUGCCGUAGACAUGAAUGAGUUUCCGCAGUCUCUCUACGAUAGCUUUGCGAAUUUUGAGGCUGCAAUGAUCCCAGAACCGGUUCCUACUUCUUCCACAGAGGCGGCUACGGAAGCAGCCUUCACUUAUGUGACCCAGAAAGUGGGGGAUCUUGACGCAGAAUUUGGAACCACUGAUUCUGAUCUGGAUGUCACUUCCACGCAUGUUACAGAAUCAUUUCUCAAAUCACUAGUCAAUCAGGCGGAUGACUUGGAGGCAGAAAUGGCAAGUAAAGAAGCACGUAAGGUUACUGAACCCCUUGAAAGCCAAAAGGAGUCUGAUGGAGCAUCGCAAAAUGAUGCAGGUGGGAUCACUUCACAGGCUGAAAUGACGGACCUCUUUCAGCUACCCUUCAGUCGAAGCGUCGAUGAUGAUGUGGCCGGUGGCGAUAGUGAUGACAACUUUUUCCCAUUUUCACGUGACUACACUACACCGGAACAGUUUGAUGCAGCCCUGCAACUGCUCGAUUCACAGCCUUCCUCAGACUGCACGCCUCCCCAUAUACCAGACGAUGUUGAUGAUGCGGAUGAUGAGGACGUUAAUGGGGCAUACUGCGAUGACGCCCCGAUUGUACCGGACAGCCUUUCGGUGAACGACCAGGAAGUAAUAUCAAGAGAGAAGCCAUCUAGUCCUGAGUCGAAACACAUCGAUGAGGUUUCGUUUGGCGAGUCGCUUCUGCCACCAGAGCUAACCUUGCACUCCAAUAUCCUCGAUUCUAGCCCUGCCGCCGAUACGCUAAUUGAUGAAGCCAGUACGCACGAGAAGGAGCAGGAUGGAAUGCCAUCUCCAUGCAGCACUUCUGAUGCAACUGAUGUUAGGGAAACGGUUCCCAUCGUCUCUGCCAAUGCCUAUGUUGAAGAGGAAGACGAUGACUCAGGAAGUGAGUUGGACUUUCUACCAAGUCGCAAAAGACCAGAACGGAAUGUAACCCCUCCGACAUCACCGAAGAAGCUUCAGUCGUCGUCGCCAGCACCAUCUUACUCACAACAAAAGGAACCGCCACAGGGUGUUGAUGACAUCUCGGGUUCCCCACACCCUGUUCCUUCUACUACUACGUCUCCAAUCCCUGCUACAGCAUCUCGUAGACCCCUCAGACUGCCCAGGCAAUCAACUCCUCGUGUAAGAUUUUCGCGUCGAAAAUCAGUAUCUAGCGCGAUUUCACCGAGUUUGCGUCGUAGCAGCAGAAGAGGUCGAGGAGGUACCUCUUCCACACCUGUCUCUCCACGUCAGCUGCGCUCAUCAACGGCAAAACGGAAAGAGGACACUAUCGAUGUAUCAGAGGAGGAGACAUCGGAUGAUAUAUUGCCACUGAAAAAUACAAUCUCGAAAGAUCUCAGCGAGCUGGACCAGGCCUUGUGCCCCAACCAAUCACAGGAAGACAGUGCCACUUUUCCUAUGCUGGGCAACGAUGUGGCUAACUCAUCGAGACUCACUCUUGACUCCACUUUACCCCGUAAUCCUUGUGUAGAGGAAUCGAGUAUUCUCUGCAACGCGGGCUCGCCUCAGUCUCCCAAGAAGAAACGGAUAAAGACAGGUGGUGAAUCAACAAUGUCUACUGUUUCUAACACUCUGACUGUCAAAGGUGGUUAUCCAGAGGAGGGUUCAGCAUCAGUUGUCUGGGACUUAAACGGUUCCAGACCGACAUCUUUUGGGUUAAGCAAUACCUCUGCUGUUCCCUCUCUAAUUCCCGUCAACAAUUUUGAGUCCCACUUGGAGCUCAGGGACAAUCCGGUUCUGCAGUCAGACAGACCAUUCUGGAGCGAUCCCAAUGGGCCAGCUUCUACUGAAGACGACGACGAUGAUGAAGAAGGAGGUGAGAGGGAGAGAGUGGAAGUGGGCGAUCCAGAUGAUGAUAGUGAGUCAGACUCAUCUCCCAGCCUCCUGGCUACUAUUAGGGCGGCUUCUCUUGCCCUCAACCUCCCUUUCAGUCCACCAAUCGCCUUGCCUGGAAACGAAACAGCUUUUACUCAAUUUGCAUCAUCGAUUUCUUUACCCUCCUUCGAUGCUUUUGUUCCCUCUGAGGUGUCCAAUGAAGACAACAAGCACACUAGGCCCGAUAGUACCGCUGCUGCCGUUGGCUGCACUGCUAGAGAUGGUGAUGAGGAUGCAGAUGAUGAUGGUGAUGAUGACGAGGCGGAAGAUGUCGCACCAAGCUCCUGGAUUCCAGAUCCAACAAAACUGGUGUUCUCUGAAAACCUCUUCCCACCGAAAUUUUCCCCUCUACGGAUCUUACGACCUCCCUCUGUUCCGAUUUUACACGAUAAAGUUCUGAGCUCCUUCUCAGCUAUCGCAGAGGCAGCUCCAGAGAAGGAAGGAUUUGCUACUAAUCCCACUGUUAAUAUCCCUCGUCAGAAGAAUUGUCGACCAAUAUGUCAGCGGUAUGAUCUGUCCCUAUACGAAAGAACACAGGAGAUGGUUACUGUGUCAUCUCAAGAAGAGGUGACGGUGGAUGAGAGUCUUCCUGGCACUAGGCAUCUCCCCAUACAGUGUGAAGUCGUUCCGGACUUGAGGUUGGUCUCCCCGGUAGCGAAGUUUAUGGGUGCUAGCACCGUUGAUCCACCUCCUGUAGCUCCUCGGCCAUCAUCAUCACCAUCUGUUCAAAUAAUCGAUCUGCCUACACCCUCUAGUACCGAAGCUGUGUCUUCAAGCAGCGACUGUGCUGUCGAAAUUCAAGAUUCAGCAUCGAUGGCGCAACCGCCAAUACGCCUGAAGUUUAAGCUCUCAGAUAUUAGGCUGCGUCACAAGAAAGCCAACAGAAAGCGCAAAGUGGAACAAGAGUCAACACCACAACAACAACACCAACUGCCUUUGGAUAUUGAGGCAUCAUCCCCACCAAAGACUCGCAAGAUUGGCACCAUUUUGCGGUUCUCACGUGUCGGCGGCACAUUUCGUACGGAAACGGUAGCGGCACCACAGUCGUCACCCAACCGAACCUCACCACCACCGCAGCUGCAACCUCCACUACCACCCAUUCAGUCUACUACCACUAUUGGAGGGCCUGCUCCGCCGGUUCAGCCAAUAUGGGCGGCAGCCAAACCCCCCAAGCGUGGACGACGAGGAACAGGAGGAAGGGGAGGUAGAGGCAGAGGUAGUUUUCGUGCAGACCGUGGUGUUACUGCUGCCACUGCUCCUACUGUUUGUUGCCAUGGUGAUGACAACAACGGUAGGGGUGAAGCCUCUGUCGAUUUACAACAAUCCUUUGCCUCAGGUAGCAAAACGGUUGCCCCUACUCUCUCUAAGAAGUUCUUCUCCUCCUCCAAAGAAGAUCGUCGCAGCAGUGCGAUUAGAACACGUCACUGUGGCGGUACCUCUACCGCUGCUGCUGCCGCCUACGGUGAUGUGGCUUGCGCAUCCACACACACACUCAACGAGGGCGAUGGUGUUUGUAGGGUCGUGUGCGUGCGCACGCGUGAUUUUGGCAUCCCAGAGGUUUUGGCAUUUGGGUGCGUGCCUCUUCACGUGUAUGCGUGCGUGCGUGUGUGCUUGCAUCGCUAUGGCAGCGACUUUGAUGGAAGAGCAAGGGGAGUGGCGAGGUGUAGGAUGAUUUUGCGCGUAUCAGUUUCUCUGGAGGCACUGUCAUCCACUUUCCUGAAAGCCUCUUAUCUUAGGUGGGUGCGGCCUUGGCGCUCGACAUUCGGAAAUUUGAUCCGGAAACGCGGUCGUUUCUGUGGUACAGCAGACCGUACCGGUUCACUUCGGAACGGUGUGCCCAACCAACCUUCACUUCCACCGGUAACACCAUCACAGCCACAAAAACCUCCUCCUCCUUCAACUCAGUCUAAUCCCGCCUCUUCUCCUAAUGAUCCGAUCCGUCUUGUGAUUCGUCUUUCCAAAGAGAAAGAUAGCAGUGCAGAGGCGGGUCAAGCCUUGGCGAACUGUCAAGCAAAUGAUGGUCAGCUACAGGAGACGGAGGAAAGCACCACUGUGACAAGUAAUGAGGGAGGGACGUGCGAUGAUGGCGUUGAGGAUGAGGAAGAGGGAUUGGAUGAAGAAGACGGGAAUGAAGUAGGACGCGCACCGACUGGUGAACCGGGUCAACAGUUCUUCGUUGCCCCGGAAGCGGAGACCUUUAUCGACAAGAAUCAGGCUCGAGUGCGAGUGGUGCUCAACAAGGCCCUCUACACUGCCAACGGCGUCGAUCCGCAUGGUGAUGAUGACGACGACGAAGACGAUGAGGAGGAAGAAGGGGAUUCAUCUUUUUUCCCCUCCACCCACGAGAGACUUCGUCGGCUACCCCCAGUAAAGAGCACGCAACCGGCAGUUCAAAGACCCACUGUUUCUACGGAACAGCACUAUCGCAGCCACCAAACUCCUCAACCGGGAAGUCGACCUCCCAGUUAUGCAUCACAACAACCCCCUCCAACCUCGAUUUAUAAUCAUCAGCCGACCACAGGUCCUCCAGUCUCCUCCUCUUCCGGGACCACAGUUUUCAGUCCCCUCCGUUGUGACAUGACGACGGCGCCCACAAGCAUGCAGCAGGCUCGAUCUCAAACUGAGGCUGUUAGCAGUGCCCGGAGUAGCAGCACAGCGAGUGGCAGUCUUCCUGCACCCAGCACCAUCUCUCCUCCGGCUCCCUUUACAGUCGCCGCAACGACAAGCGAGGCAGAGAGCAACGGUGGCCCUGGCGGCCCGCCCGCACAAGACCAUCACCAGAGUGUCGCUGUUGACCAGCAACAGCAGCAACAGCAUUUUUACCAAAGACAACUUCCCCGCCAGUUUGGUGAGCCUGAUGAGGGAGAACAGGGAUCAGGCCAGCGCUCUUACGUCCUGCCCAAAUUGGAGAACACCUCCCAGCCGCCCACUCCGGCCACGUCCGCCUAUCCCCAGGAAGUUCAGUUCGCUCGUCAGUUGCGAGAUUUUCCCACGAUCCCUGCACAACAACAUCAUCACCAUCAGCAACAGCAUCAGCAGGCGCUGGCGGCUGCCUGUGCAGCUGCGGCCGCUGCCUAUGUAGGGAACUUCGAACCGGCAACUAUGCAGGCGAUGUGGGCCUCCUCUUUUCUAAAUAAUCUUAGUGGGGCCCCAAGUGGCUACGCACAGAGCCAACAUCCCCCGGUUUCCUCCUCGAAUUCCUAUAAUCACCAACAGCAUGACCAACAGCAUCCGUCUCGUGGAAACUUGGAGCCCUCACAUCAACACCAACAGCAGCAGCAACAAUUGCAGCAGCAACCUGUGUUUCCACCCUAUCGAGGAGAGGGGGAUGCUUCACGCGGACGUACUAACGAGGCACAUCAGCAGCCACCCUACUCAGUACCCUCGCAUUUUACGAAUCGAGUUGUCCCCGAUAGUGGAGCACUGAACUAUUACUGGCAUUCUCAGCAAUAUCAACAAUUCCAACAGCAGAGUCAUAAUGCGACGCAGUUGAGAGCGAUUGAUAGGGCGGCAUCUUACUACUCUGCCGCCUCACCGGCUCUACAACAACAGCAGCAGCAUCAGGCAUCAACAUCACAUCCCAACGCAGGUCUCACCUCCCAGUGGUAUCAGAGUAGUGGCGGUGGUGUGCCAUCGUCGGCCAGUCAGUCGUCACCGGCCGCACCCCAGGCUGCAAGUUCGACGCCUGGCUACUCUCAAAUAGACGACUCAGCUGUUGUCGCAGCAGUUGCAGCUGCGGGCUAUCGGCUGCCUCCGUUUUCGAGACUCUCUUGA